AUGGAUGGAAAAAAUUGCUCUUCUGUGAAUGAAUUCCUUCUCUUGGGAAUUAGCAAUAUCUCUGGAAUUAAAGUGACCCCAUUUGUCACAUUUUUAAUUGUUUAUCUCAUCAUUCUUAUUGCAAACCUCAGGAUGAUCAUGUUAAUUAGAAUGGAUUCUAAGCUUCACACACCAUAUUUCUUCCUCAGCCACCUCUCUUUCAGUGACCUCUGUUAUUCUACAGCAAUUGGACCCUGGAUGCUGGUAGGCCUCAUUACCAAGAUAAAGUCAAUUCCUUUCUAUGGCUGUGCUCUGCAAUUCUGGAUCUUCUGCACGUUUGCAGAUUCUGAGUGCCUACUGCUGGCGGUGAUGGCCUUUGAUCGCUACAAGGCCAUUAGCAACCCCUUGCUCUACACGGCCAACAUGUCCAGCAGAGUGUGCUUUCUGCUCAUGGCUGGGGUUUACAUGGUAGGGCUUGUGGAUGCUUCUGCAAAUACAAUAUUAACAUUCAGGUUAUGUUUCUGUGGAUCAAAUGUGAUCAACCACUUCUGUGAUGUCCCGCCUCUCCUUUUGUUAUCUUGCUCAGAUACCCAAGUUAAUGAGUUAGUGAUAUUCACCAUUUUUGGCUUCAUUGAGCUGAUUACCCUUUCAGGGCUCUUUGUGUCUUACUGUUAUAUCAUCCUGGCAGUGAUAAAGAUCCGCUCUGCUGAGGGGAGAUUCAAAGCUUUCUCCACCUGCACCUCCCACUUAAUUGCUGUUGCAAUUUUCCAGGGAACCCUGCUCUUUAUGUAUUUCUGCCCGAGUUCUUCCUACUCUCUUGAUCAAGACAAAAUGACCUCCUUGUUCUAUACCCUUGUGAUUCCCAUGUUAAACCCUGUGAUUUAUAGCCUGCGGAACAAAGAUGUGAAAGAGGCUUGGAAAAAACUUAAAAAUAGAAAGUGGUUUCAUUGA